GUCUCCCAAGAAAGCAAAAAAGAAGGCAGAUGGAGGUUCAAAUGUUUUCUCCAUGUUUGAUCAAAGCCAAAUACAGGAAUUUAAAGAGGCCUUCACCAUUAUGGACCAGAACAGAGAUGGCUUCAUUGAUAAAGGAGACCUGAGAGACACAUUCGCUGCUCUGGGGAGGAUCAAUGUGAAAUCUGAAGAGCUUGAAGACAUGGUUAAGGAAGCACCUGGGCCUAUCAACUUUACUAUCUUCCUUACAAUGUUUGGAGAAAAACUGAAAGGCACAGACCCAGAAGAAACUAUUCUAAAUGCUUUCAAGAUUUUUGAUCCUGAUGGAAAAGGCCAUAUAAAAGCAGAUUACAUCAGGGAAAUGCUAACAACUCAAGCAGACAGAUUCAGCCAAGAAGAGAUCAGCCAGAUGUUCCAUGCCUUCCCCCCAGAUGUUGCUGGGAACUUGGAUUACAAGAAUCUAUGUUAUGUUAUCACCCAUGGUGAGGAGAAGGACCAGGAGUAG